AUGCUGUCGUUCUUUGUGUAUGCUGCCUAUGGCAGCAUGAUCCUUACAUUACUCGUCUAUAAGUAUUUUCAUGUUCCUAAGGGCCUGCCAAACGUCCCCACAGUGCCUGUCUAUGUUACUCUAGCAGGUCUCUGGUCUGGUCUGGGUCAGGACGAAAUCUAUGACCGAUGGCUGCGAAAGCCAUUAGAGACUCACGGAGCCGUUAAGAUAUGGGUUCAAGGGGGUUGGAGAAUCCUCAUCACUCGGCCGGAUCUACUCACUUCUAUUUUCCGCGAUGAGGAUCUUUACGCAAAGAGUGGGCAUAUGAAAAGAGCACCAUGGACAGUGAUUAGUGCUUUACUUGGUGAUAAUAUGCUCGCUGCACAUGGGGACAAGUGGAGACUCUUUGCUUCGAUUAUGAAACCGGGUUUGCAGAAAACGCGCCACCAUUCGGGACUGCUAUUAGAGAAGUCGAGAGAGUUCAUCGAUCUACUGAUCAGAACCCAGGCAGACGGGCCUGACGGUGGAAUAUUAGUGGAUCCUCUGAUUCAGAGGUUCACCCUUGCGGCCAUGGGAGAAAGCUUGUUGGAUUUAGACCUUGGUACUCUUGAUCGAGCUGGACUUCGAAUCGAUGAGUUGGCGGCUAUGAUUAUUCGGACCGUUUUCAAGCCUCUUUACUUCCACUUCCCAGAUCUGGAUAGAUUUCCAUGGCUGUUCAGAUCGAGAAAACGCGCAUUCGCUAUUAUGAAAGAGCUUGAUGAUCUGCUCUGCCAUCUCGUCCGGGAGAACCCACGUAAAUUAGAGUUGAAAAAACCGUUGGAUUCUCAAGAUGAACUCGUCAUUCAUAGCUUAGAGCGAGCUCUUGAUGAGAAACUAAUCAGCGACCAUCAAUUUAGGAGCAAUCUCAAAUUAAUGUUCGUGACUGGGUACGAAAACACACAACAAUUGCUCAAUAGUUUGUUCUGGAAGUUGGGUACAGAUCAGAGCGUACAAGAUAAAGUGAGGACAGAAGUCUAUGAUAGCAACAUCAUUGAUCCCACGGAAGAGUCGUUUAGCGCGCUUCCUUAUCUUACCGCGGUCGUGGCCGAGCUUUUACGGUGUUAUCCUCCCAUUUCUCAACUUGUCAACCGCCGAACACAGAAGCCUUGUCGUUUGGGCGACAUCGGCGACCUCCCUCAAGGUACUAUUGUAGGAUAUAACGCAUACGGCGUUCAUACCGACGAGCAUGUGUGGGGCCCAACCGCACGGGACUUCAUUCCCGAGCGAUGGGGCCAUUCCUCUGACGAGAUCCUUGCACGCAUGCGGAAAGAAACAGCUAAAGGCACGUUUAUCCCAUUUAGCAGUCAUAAUCGAAAGUGCCCAGGACUAGGCUUUGCCGUUCUUGAGACGAAAAUCGUGCUAUUCGAACUAGUCCGACGGGUGAAGUGGCAUGUCGCUCCAGAUUACAAGAUUAAAUGGACCCGGGGAGGCUUCUUAAUGCCGCUCGAACUCAGAAUCUUCGUGUCAGAGCUGCCCGUCAGAGACGCGAAGGCAGAAGAGAACUAG